AUGGACAAUAAAAAGCCUAAAUAGUUUUUAGUUAAUCCUAAAAGUUUUAGAGAUGAAGACAAGCCUUAGUAAGAGGGUAUAUAAUUUCAUUAAUAGUCACCGCGAUUUAGAAAUUCUAAAAUGUAGCAACAAUCUCAAUAAAAUCCAUAGAAUACAAAUUAGUUCAAAGAUGAAACUCAAAUGAGUCCUUUAUAAUCUCCAAAAGGUUAAAAAACUUAAAUAAAUUCUUAAAAUGUGCUUGGUUCUGGAGGUAAAUUCUAUAAUUCAAAAGCAAAUAAGGUAGAAUAGGAAGAUUUUGUACUAUUUGAAUACAAAGGAGAAAAAGAUUUUUUUAAUAAGUUGCUUUAAAAAUUGAAUGAAGCUUAAAGCAUAGGAGAUUUAUAGGUAGUUAGGUUAUUCGAAAGAGUGUAUAAAUUAGUAUUGGAAGAAGAUUUUAGUUUAUCUUCUCUUUAAAAAACCAUUGUUAGAAGUAAUAGUAAUUGGAAAGAUCUCUUAAAAGUCAAGAAUAGUACAAGUAGCUAAGCUUUGAUUGCAAAUAUAUUACCUCACUUUUCUAAGGCACUUUAAAGGAGAAGCUUGUCAAAUAUUUAAGAUUUGCUCAAAAUAACUUUACUUUAUUAGUAUGAUUAUUAUGCGGGAAUGGAAAAGUAAUUGAAUCAGAUUAUUGAUUUAUUUACUAAGAUGCUUCAAAUUCCUCAAAAAUCAGAAGAAGAAGAUACUAUUAGUAAUCAUGUGCAGCGUCUUGUGCUUCUUAAUAUAUAGAGCUUUUGUAUUCCCUAAAUAUCAUCCAAAUUUUAAACUGAAUUCCAACUAAUCUUUAAAAGAAUAUAAGAGUUAAUAAUGCACUUCUUUAAUUUAACAAAUAAUUAGUAAAGUACAUCAAAUUCUUAAUCUUUACCUUUAUCUGCAGCUGCUUCUAGUGGUAGUAGUGUAAAUGAUUCUUCAUCUAGAAGUAACUAUUACUCUUUCUUAAGGUUCCUUGUUACAUUGUUAAGGACUGGACAUAUAGUUCUGGCUGAAUUAAAAGAAAACAAAGUAUUUCUUUCAGACGCUAAUAAUUAAAAGUUGACUGAAAAAGUAUUCCUAAGGAUAUUUAAAUAUGUUUUUUUAGGUAAUCCAACAUUUCACUAAGUUAUAUUUGGGUAAAAUUAGAACCGAAUUUUUAGUAAUAGGCUAAGUACUAGUUCUUAAUUAACCGAUUAUACAAAUGGAAGUAGGAAUAAUUUGUCAAUGAAUAAUAGCUUUUCAGCAAGUAGUUAAAGCGAAUGGUCAGAAAAUGACGAAUAUUUAGGAAAUAAUGACAAAACAAAAAUUGAAGUUAUCGAAGGUAAAGUAAGGAACUAAACAUGCACUCUUCUUUCAACUAUAAUUCGUUUAUUUCCUGCAAUAGUUAAGAAUUAAUGGUAAACUUUAAUUAAAAGUAAUAACAUGACCAAAGAUUUUAUUCAUUCUUUAAAAACUCAUUCUUCUUUAGAACAGAAGCUAAACUCAUAAAAAUAACAAAAUGAACAAAAUAUUAUUCCUGUAGAAGAAAACAAAAAAGACGAUCAUGCUAAAAUAAUAAAUGAUUGUAGUAGUAAUAAUAAUAAUAAUAAUAAUAAUAUGCGUGAUUACUCACUUUUAUACCCAAAUUAUAUGGAAGCAAGUUUACUAAGUUGUCUUAUUUUCGAAGAAAAUAAUAAAAUCAAGAGUAAUGCUUUAUAAACCAUAUAGAAUUUAAUAGAAAACUUACCUUCUAAAUAGCUUGUAUCUGGUUUAGAAAUUUAAAAGUUUGAAAAAUCAACUUCAUCUUUCAAACCACAGUCAUAUUUAAUAUAUCAAAGUUACAAAAAUAUUCAUUUCACUCUAAUUCACAUGCUUUAAACUCUCUGUACUAAACAUAUUUAACAGUAUGAUUAAAAUAACAAUUAAAUUCUUAAUCAGCAGGCAGAUAAUUUACUUCAACUUUCAAAGGAUUUAAAAGAAAACCCCUAAGCUGAAGAUUUAUUUGUGAAUGAUAGUGAUGAAGAAGUUUUAUCUCUGUGCAAUUAGAUUUUAAAAGUUUACAUAAGUUUAUUCAAUAGUACAGUUUAAUUUGAGAAAAUGCCUUUUAAAGAAGGCAUAGAUUUGAUACUCAGAUAGUUUGUUUUGAAGGUUUUAAGGCAUGUAAAAACUUAAGAUGCAUCUCUUGAAGCUCUACAUUUAAAAUAUAAUGCACUGUAAAUAUUGAACUGUAUUGCUAAGUGUAAUAUUAGAUUUGACCUUUUUGCAAAUAGAUAUCUUCAAGCUAUUUCUGAUGAGAGCAAUUAGAGUAUGAAGCAGAAAAAUGGUUCACAGAUUAAUCUCUUCGAUUUAUGUAUAGAAGAUAUCCUCAUUAAAAAUAGCUAGUCAGAAUUAAAUAGCGAACUAUCAUAGUGCAUGCAUGAUAUUUCUCUACUUUAGAAAGAAGAUGCUUUAAGAGAGAUGAUUUCAUUAGAAUCAAUUUCUCUAUUAACCAAUUUAUAAAUAAAUUACUUUGAUUGCACAUUAUUAUAUGUUUAAUAGUAAUCUUAAACAUAACAAAGCUCAUUUCCAUUAUGGGAGAAGAUUUCUGAGAAAAUUAAAACAUUUGAAGAACACAGAAAUAAGCUAGCUACUGAUAAAAAAAGAUUAUUUCUUCUAUACGAUUUAGUUAUUAUGAUAGCAGAGAAAAAUAAUUGUGCUGUUUAAAUAGCUAAAUAAGUAAUUAAUAAAUAAAUUUCUUCCUUAAAAGCUCUAGACUAGACUCAAUUAGAAAAUAACUAAGACGAUGCCUAAGAAAAUAUUCAAGAAGAAGAUGAAAACCAAGAAAACAAAAGCUAAAUUGAUAAAAAUUUAACAUAAUCUUUUGAAUAAAAUGUUGAUCUUGUUAAAAAAUCCGAGGAAUUUGAUAAAAUAUUUUCUUUUUACUUGAUAAAUAAGGUAAAACAGCUAAUGCAAUAAAGCAUAGAAUAAGAGCAAGGUAAGAUUAAAGAUGACGGUGAACUGCCAUUAAUGGUAAAUUCAUUAAAUAUGUCUGUCCAUAUUAAAAAUGAGCUGUGGCUAUAAAAUUAAGAUUUUUAUACUUUCUUUAAGAAUCAAAUUUACAAUCUUAAUAUAACUUCCUCAAUUCGUUUCUACGUUUUAAAGGCACUGGGAAGUUUGAUUUCUAGGACAAUUUUUAACUAAGAUUAAUCUAAUUGUAAAUAGAUUUUAGAUAUUCUACUCAGAGAAAAGUAGCUUAUUGGCUAAAAAAAAACUUAAGCAAAUCUUUCAGUUUAUGCAAAACUUUCUUAGUCUUUGGCUAGUUGGUGCUAUUAUGUAAAGGAUUUUUCAAUACUUUCAUAAUAAUCUUUAUAAAAUUUGUUUGUAGCUUUGUAAGAUAUCUCUUCAUCACCAAAAGAUAAGGUGUCACCACAUGGCUUAAGAGCUUUGGGUAUUUUUUUAAUGAAAAUGAAUAAAAACUUAUAUUUAUCAAUUUGCGAACCUUCCAAGGAAGAUCAAGUACUUUGCAAGUUAAUAACAGAAAACCUAUCUCACAAAAGCUCUAAAGUAGUAUGGAAUGCUUGCGUUGCUAUACAAAAUAUUUUUUCUAAUAUAAAUUGUAUUCUAACAGAAACAAAUAAAAUAAAUAAGUUGCACUUUUUUUUCUCAUCUAAAUCUAUUUCUAGUCUAAUAUAAUCUUUAGAAGUAGUCCUUUAAUCAAUUAAUAAUUAAAAAUCUCAAUUUUAUGCUCUAAAAGCUUUAAAAAAUGUAAUUAAUCAUCCUAUUAGUUUACCUCUGUAAAAUAACAAUUUACUUCAAUAACAAGAUAUCAAAAUUCUUAACGAAAGAAUUCCUCAUCUGUUAAAUGUUCUCACUGAGAUAGGAAGUAAUAUGUAUUCUUUCCACUAAACACAUAAUACAAAUAAAUCACUAGGAGAACUUGUUGUGCAAUUUUUAAUAUAAAUGAUUACAUAAGUGCACUCACUUUUAUUUUCUAAUGAAAUUUUGGUUGAGUUUAUCAAAGAUAAAUACUAUUAAAUUAUAUCAUCUUUUAGCUUAUACAUUUACUAAUUAUGGAAAAAUAAUAAACUUGACUUACACUUAGCUGUUUUAAAAGAAGAAUCUUACUAAGACUCAGAAUAAUAAAUUUUUAACUACAAAUCUAAAAGUUUGCAAAAUACCCAAUCAAAUACUGCAAAAACAAAAGUUGAAGACACAAAAUUAUAAAAUAUAUAAGAUCAACCAAACGAAAGUAAUUAUUAAGAUAAUUUUGAAGAGCUUUUAAUUAAAGGCUAAGACGAAUUCAAAAGCGUUUAGUUUGAUUUUAAUCAAAUCAAAAAAGUAAAAUUCUUAAAAGAGGAAUUGAACUAAUUAAAAGAAGCAUCUACAAUACUAUUGAAAGUAAUUGAUUAAAACGAUGAUUUAAGUGUAUCUCUCACCAUUUACGAUCAUAUCAAGGAAUAUGCUUCAGUUAAUUUAGAGGAAGAUAUAAUAAAGUAUUCUAUACAUUGA